AUGCUUUCUGUUGUGAUGGUGUUGAUAGGGUAUAUAUGGCGCCUGUCUCUUUCUUUCUCUUUCUCUCUCUUUUGGAUAUUCCACUCAACAGCGAUGGUUUUCUUUCCCUUUCCCCCGUUUUCAGGAACUCCAUUUUGUUAUCAACUCUCUUUUUAUUAUUGUUGUCUUUCGAUUUCGACCAUCUUUCUUUUCUGUACCUUUCUCAUACUUUCAGUGGAGUAUCUCUUUCCCUCCUCCUCCUCCUCCUCCUCCUCUUCUUUUCCGGCUGUCACCUGUGGUCACUGGCGGCUGCUCAGCUGUUGUUUGGAGGGGAGCGGUCAGUGUACCAGACGACCUACCACCGCAUAUCCAAUAAAUAACCACCUUUUCUGUUCCCCUCCCUGUGUCAUCGUAUUUUCUUUUUCAUUCACUUAUCCGUAUGAUUUAAUUUUGCUGAGACAUUCCACUUUAUGGAAGCUGCCGGUCAUUUCAUUUAACAUCUUCCGUUCUUUCCUUAUUAUGUCCAUUCACAACACCACUGGACAUUAA